AUGGGACACUAUUUGGAAUUUGCCCAAUUGGGACAGAUGCGAAUUGGGUGCAAACGAACAAUCACCAUUUUAAAGAGCUUAAUGCUCGUCAACUAUGGGGCGGAGUAUGUCGCCUGUGACAAUACAGACCUCUGCAGGCAGUAUGCAGCGAAGCAGCAAGAAGUCGUAAAAUACGAGCAAAUGGCUGCAAAAGCCAGAUUUGAACUCUUGGAAUUGUGGGCCCAAAUUGGUCCUGGAGACUCUGAAACUCCCAAAAAUCUUAAGACACUUAAGAAAAAGGCUUCUACAUUGAUACAGAGCCAAACCACCAGAAUCCAAGCAGCGACAGAAAUACCAAUUCGCACGGUUCUAGCCGAUGCCAGGAACAAGCAACUAGAAAAUAAAUUGGUAGCUUUCGGUGACAAAACGUCAAGAUUUGUGAACGACCUAUUUAAGGCCAAGCCACACCCGAGCCACGAUAUCGCCAAUAGCUCGUUUGACAUUGAAAACUUUUCUGACGUUGAAGAAGAAUAUUCUAUAGUUUAUGAAUAA